GAAGCUUCCUCGAGACCUCAACAUAUACUUUGUCUUCGUCCGAAUCUGUCUUCCCCUGUUUUUUACACUCUGUUUUUUUUUUAUUCUCUCUCUCCGACACGUUUCCAAGUUUAGAGGAUAGACUCAGAACAAUUCUAUGACUCACAUUUUUUUCUUUUACUUUUCGUCGCUAUGUCUAAAUAUUUUAUUUUGGUAUCAAUGUUAAGUGCUAUGUCUAAAUAUAGAUAUAACAAAACAUACUGUUUCACUUGAAUUAACUGUUUCUUCAUCGUUACGAUUCUAACACACCACUUUGGUUGCUCUGUUUUUAGCUAAAACAAAACCAACUUUUUUGUUCUUUUCCCUUUCAAAAGAGAAAGGUUUUGAUUUCUAUUUCAUUACCUUGGAUCGAUCUUUUUCUCUAAGAUCCAAAUCAGAGAUGGGUCUUUGUGUUUGCAAUCGUUGACAGAUAAGUCAAUUGGCUUUAAUGGCCUCGUUACGACCUAGCUUCGGAUGUGUCCUUAGAGAUCGCAACCAACGGCACAGCGAAGACGAUUUCGUUUUCAAGAAGAAUCUGAAAGCUCUAGUGAAAACUGCUCCUCCGGAGAUCUCCGACGAGGGUUCCCAGAACAGAGUCAAUUCUUUGAUCGGGAACAAGCGGAAAAAGAACAACAACUGUCGUCUUGGAUCGCCGGAGAAACCACGUUCGAGGAAAGGGAAUAACUUUACAGACAGUCCUGGAGGUGCUUCUUCUCUUGUGCAGAUAUGGGAGGCAAGGCUGAACCGAUCUAAUGGUCGAUCAACAGAGAGCACCAGCUCAGAAGCGAGCGUUCAAGAAAUCCACAUUCCGGAUCCACCCAUCGACGGCGACUCUGAGUCGGAGAACGAGUCGAAGAGUCCUGGUCAGACGUUGGAGAUUGAAUCUGGGACUCCGAAUAGUACGGUUUCUGAUUCCGGUGAGAGCAAAUGGGGCCGUGUCGGUGAAAUGGUACGGAGAUUGAGUAACGAACAGAAGCGAACUCCCCGAGAUAAUGUCGGUGCCGUCGAAACGCCGAAGACGACGGAGCAAAGAAGUUUUCCGGUGGUUACUUGUUCGCCACGAAUCCGAGGACGGCAAGCGUUGUCAGACUUGCUUGUGCAUAUGGUACGAGAACGCCACCGCGAAUUGGAAUCGCUUCUUGGACGCAACGCGGUUUCUAGGUUUUCUCAGCGCGGUCGCCUCCAGUCAAUGUUGCGGCUAAGGAGUCUCAAACGCGGUCUAGCGAUUCAAGAUCGUCAUCGCGGUAGCACGAAAGGUGAUUUGUAUCGAGUCCAACCUUGUUCUAAAAUUCUUCAUCUAAGAGAAAAAUUCCGGGAAAAUGCAGCAAACGCCUCCUCUGAAGCCGAACGAAUGAAGUGUCAACAACAAUCCAUCGUAGAAACAGAGAGAUUGCGAUCAAGAGAAAUCAGUGUUAUCCCAGAUACUCCUUCCACAGAGCGUUCAAGCCCUCAAAACCGCAACACAGAGGAAGCAAUCUUACGCAAGAACGAAACUGAAGUUUUGAAAAGAAAUUCUAAUAGCACUAGCCCUAUGAUCACAAGCGUAACUGAUUAUCAAGAACCGCAGAUACUAGGCAACGAGGUAACAGACAAGGUUGAAAGCGGUAAGCAUGGAACUCAAGAAGAGACACCGUUCCUUGAGAGACAAGAAACCUCGUUCCAAAACAGAUGGGAAGAGCAAGAAGAGUAUGAGGAUGAGCAGUCUUAUUACGGAGACAUGAGCAAUGACUGGUUUACAGAAAUAUCUCGGCCUCGGACUUAUUGGGAAGAUCUGAGGAAAUCUCGGUAUCUGGAAGUGAUGAACACUAGAUCUGACAAAGACGAUAUAUGUAGACUUCUCGAGAGAGGAACUGUUUCGGGUUUCCUCCAGAGCGGAUUACAAGAGAAGAUCGAUAAGCUUAUAAUGUCCCGUGUUCAGACACAUCCAGCUCAGCGGAUUGAAGAAGCUGAUAAAGAAGAAGAGAAAGAUGAAGACAGAGAUGACUUAAGCCAAUCGUCGUCGCAGAUAUUUGCACCGUCUCCGGCAGGAUCAUGGAGUUCUCAGGACAUAGGAGUUACUCCAACACCUAUUCACACCUAUGCACAAUCUUCAGCGCCUUCAACACCUAUGCACAAUCUUCAUUCCAAUGAGAUGGAGAUUAUAAGCGAAUUGAGAUCAAGCAUUUUACAGCUCCAACAAGAAAUGUCUGAGUUACGAGACUCUGUCAAAACGUGUUUGGACGUAAACGCCGGACUUCAAAAGUCAGUUCACCUUGAAAAUCCCCUGAAACGCAAAUGCUGCGUUUGUAACGAAACCCAAAUUGAAACACUUCUAUACAGAUGCGGGCACAUGUGUACAUGCAUGAGAUGCGCAAACGAACUAAAAUACAAUGGCGGGAAAUGUCCAAUUUGUUGUGCCAUGAUUCUAGACGUCGUUCGCGUUUUCGUUGAUUCAAGAACCUGAAAAUUACUAAAACCAAACGGUGCAACACGAUAACGAUACAUACCUAUGAUACGUUUUUUCUUCUUCUAACUCAUCUGUUUGCUUUCACGUUUGACCGGAGCGCGUUUGCGUUUUGGAUCUACGUCCGAGAUUCAUAUAUAUAUGUUUUUUUAUAUGUGAAUUACUAACCAAACUCUUUUUUUUUGUUGUUGGCGUUGAAGUUUUCAUCUUGUAAAGAUAAUAUCUACAUAUACCUCCUUUCACUUUCCUAGCAUCAAGUUGGAACAGGAUUUGUAGAAUGUACGAGGUUUUAGUACUUGGCGUUUAUUUUAUAUUU